AUGCAGAACAUCAACAACAUAGUAAUGUUUCCCGUGGACAGCCUUCUAAAAGGAGAUCUGCGGGGCGUCAAAGGUGAUCUCAAGAGGCCCUUCGACAAGGCGUCCAAAGACUACGAGUCCAAGUACCUGAAAAUUGAGAAGGAGAAGAAGUCGCAGGCGAAGGAAGCCGGCCUCAUACGCAGCGAGGUGACGCCCGCCGAGAUCGCAGAUGAAAUGGAAAAAGAGCGGAGAUUGUUUCAGCUACAAAUGUGCGAGUACCUCAUCAAGUUUAACGAGAUCAAGACGAAGAAGGGCAUUGAAUUACUGCAGCAUCUAGUGGAGUACUAUCAUGCUCAGACGAACUACUUUCAAGAUGGUCUAAAAACGAUCGAGCACUUUGGCGUGUACGUGGCGGAUUUGAGUGUUCAGUUGCAGAAGAUAAGGCAGCAGCAGGACGACGAGCGCCGGCGAUUGCUGGAACUGAGGAAUAUGCUGCGGGCGGCCGCACCGCAAGAUAGAGAGGCGGCAUCAGCGGUCGGUGGUUAUUCACUUCACCAAUUGCAAGGUGACAAGCAACACGGUGUGACGCGCAGCGGUUACCUUCUCAAGAAGUCCGAGGGUAAAGUACGUCGAGUCUGGCAAAAGAGAAGAUGUAGAGUCACCGCCGAAGGUUACCUGGACAUAUUCCACGCGGAUGAAAAUAAAACCCCCGCCAGAGUGAAUCUCUUAACGUGUCAGAUUAAAGUAGCAACGGAAGACAAAAGGGCGUUCGAUCUAGUCUCAUAUAGCCGAACCUACCACUUCCAAGCCGAUGAUGAGAACGAGCAACGCGCGUGGACAUCGGUGCUCGUCAAUUGCAAGGAAGGUGCGCUGAUGAGGGCGUUCCACCAGCAGGCUGGCGAGAGCAACGACAACGGCCAUUCGCUGCUGGACCUCCAGCGGUCCAUCAUAAGGGCCGUGAGGUCGUUGCCCGGGAAUCAAGUGUGCUGCGACUGUGGCUCAGCCAAUGAUCCGACUUGGCUAUCAACGAAUUUUGGCAUAAUAGUGUGUAUAGAAUGUUCUGGAAGCCAUCGAGAAUUGGGCGUGCACAUUUCACGCAUACAAUCGUUAACCCUGGACCGACUGAGCACCUCACAGCUACUUUUAGCCAGACAUAUGGGCAACCAAACGUUCAACGAUGUCAUGGAAAAUACUUUAGAUGAAAGAUUAAAGUUGAAACCAGGCAGUUCAAUGGAUGAAAGGUUAAGAUUUAUUCGCGAGAAGUACGUGUAUCGGGCGUGGGCGGCAAGGACGUGUCGUGACGAGGCGGAAAGGCUCUCGGAGGUCGAACACGCGGUCAAUAACGGACACCUGCAGAAUUUGCUGCAAGCGUACGCAGAGGGCGCUGAUCUAGCCGCCACUUUGCCCAGUUCGGAUUGCGGCGAAACGGCCCUGCACCUCGCAAUAUCUCGUGAACUAGGGGAUGGUUCAUGUCUCCACAUAGUUGAUUUUCUAGUCCAGAACGGGGGCUCCCAACUCUUAGACAAGGCCACGGCUUCCGGAAUGACAGCGCUGCAUCUAUGCGCUGCGAUAGAUCGGACAGAACCUAUGAAACUAUUGCUGAAGGCUGGAGCAGACAGCAGUUUGAGGGAUGGAAACGGCAGGACGGCGUUGCAAGUAGCGAGGCAGCUGGGACACAUUGCCUGCCAAGAACUGCUAGAGGGCGUGGAUAAAAGAGAAAAGAGUAUAUUUGAAAAUAUUAAUAUAGACUGGAAUUUAUCUCACGAUGAUGGCUCGACUGACUUCUCGGAUGAUGACACAGUCAUCGAUGAGAGGCAAAACGGCAGCGUUACCCCAGAGAAGAAGUGCCCCAGAUCUCGGCCUCCAUCGUACGCGGGCACAUGCGGAACGAGCACAGCAGGUGGUGGGGACUCCCCCGUGUUGCGUUCCAGGUCUUCCACGUGCGAUUCCUUGCAUCAUGCACCACCCACGCCUACUACACUACCUCGAAAACCUAAUGUCUACAACUUGAACAGUUUAAAGAAACGUGUCGCGCCGCUGCCUCCCGCCGUGACACUUCCUCAACCGCACCCACACCAUCGCUCCACACCAUCACCAUCACCAUCGGAUACUAGAUCUAUACAUAGUGGCACAGUGAAGCACCGGCCGCAACAGCCACCACCCACUCCCCCACCAACACACUCAAUGCACAAUGGAGGUCAUCGGGACGAGCCUACGCCGCCACCGAGGAAGGAAUGUUCUAGUCAAGACUCGUCGUUGGAACUGUGUGACAUUUCGGACGCGCUGGACGACAGCCGGCUGCAGUCGGCGUUGUCGUGCGAAAGUUCCAGGUCGCGCGAACGGUCGCGGCGAAGCGAUAGUCGCUCGCUCGAUGUGUCUGAUACCUCUAGUGUUCACUCGCGAUCUCCGUCGGCGUCCAUUACUAUGAUGGGCGGUACAAGGCGAUGCAGGGCCCUAUACGACUGCUCAGCAGAUAACGAGGACGAGUUGUCGUUCCGCGAAGGCGAAGUGAUCGUCGUGAUCAACGAGAGGACGGAAGACGACAACUGGAUGGAAGGUCAGGUCGAGGGAACGAAUAGGCGCGGCAUGUUCCCCGUCUCUUUCGUGCACAUGCUACCCGAUUAG